CAGUGUUGACCUCACCUGGUUAUCUUGUGGUAAAAAUUACAGGAAGUUUUGUUUCUGCUAGGAUUUAAAGCAAGAAAACUCCUCUAUGUUUUCUGGACCCUUCCCCCACCACCAGAGCCCAAGGUCACCCAGCAGGCCAGUGGCAAAACUAGGAACAGAAUGCAGGUUGUGACAUUGUGUACCUUGGGGGAGCACCCUGUAACCCCCAUAUUCCUCAUUUAUAUAUAUGAUUGUGCACAGAUGCACAGAUAAAGCCUGUGUGGUGUGCAGCUUACUUCUGCUUCUGCUGAUGUAUUUAUAUGGUCCUCAUCAGGAUCAGAGCCACAAGUGCAGCCAGCUGCGCAGUGGGUGAGCAGAGUCAUCUAUCAUUCUAGGUAUUAGAAUAAUAGAGUUUGGGGCCAGAAGGAACCACUGACCCCGUGUACAUCACAGGCCACCAACACCAUCUAGCACCCACACACGAAACCCAGCAACCGAAAUUAGACCUAUGUUUUACAGCCCACAGGGGACUUGACUAUUACGUGCCACAGGCGGAGAAUAGGAGAGACUGAGGUGCACCAGUACCCAAGGCCCCUACAAUGGCAGGGAAGUGAUGAAGUGAGAUAGAACCAGAUAAUCCUGGCAAGUGACCCCAACCACACACUGUGGAGGAAGGGGAAAACUCCCCAGAGUCCCUGCCAACCUGACCUGAGGGGAAUUUCCUUCCCAACCCCACCUGCGGUGAUCAGUUAGACCCUGAGCAUGUGAGCAAGAACCAGCCAGCCAAGCAAUUGAGAAAGAAAGUGCUUGGUGCCACCUCAGAGCUCUGGACCAUCCUGUCCAAUGCCCCGUCUCCAGCCCUGGCCAUCCUUGGUGCUUCCAAGGAAAGCAAUAAUACCGUCCCCACCUCAAAUACGUUACUAGGUGGGAAAUCCCUCUCUAACCACUGCAGGUGGCCAGCUGAAACCCUGAAGCAUGAGCUGUUAGCAACAUAUUGAUUUCAUCACCACAGUAUCUGAGCCAUAGCUUCGACCACUCCUCCUUUUCUGGCUCUGCAUGGGGGAUAUGUCUCCAGUGCUCCUCUUGCAGCCACCUGGAAAAUGCUGAGUGCCCCUGGUCUAGCUACAAGCACCUCACCACCUUGAGCAUCUCACACCUCACGUUUGAACCCCCCUGUGCAGAGGCAGUUAUACUGGCAAAAAGGGGUUUGAUGUUCCCCCUCCACUCCCAACCAACACAGCUAGGGGUGUGUGUGUGUGUGUGUGUGUGUGUGGAGCAGGGAUGGGGAGAUUAAAACAAACAAAACAACACUAUAGGGGAGGAGAAAAAAUCCAUUUCAUGUUUCAGCCCAACAGGUCUUUAUCUUUAAUAUCAUCUUCCGCUGCAUAUCAUCUCCUCCACUGCUGAGAUGUGUUAACUGAAUGACCCUUCCUGCAGCUAUGUCUUCACUGUGAUGUGACAGAGAGAGAGAAAGGUGCUUUUAUCUUGCAGACACCUAGGGAAGGAGAUACCACCCAACUGUCUCUCACCUCAGAUGAGUUAAUUCCUGACAAGCCACAGCGCAAAUACUGUGAUGAUAAUGCAGGGAGAGGAACCACAGGGUGACUGUGUAGGUUGACAAAAGGGUAAAGUAGGAUCUUUAGUGUGUUCCCUUAAAGAUGCAUUGUUGACAAAAUCUAAAAGGGGCUAUGUUAUUACAGAAACAGAAGAAAUGCCAGCCUGGAUCAGCACAGUUCUCCAUCCAGUUCAAUACCAACUGCUUCAGAAAAUGAUAGUUAUGUCAUGCCCAGACCACCACAGGGCUCCAUGAGGAUUUAUAGAAGAUGCCCCGGGUCUUGGCGCCUCUGGUGCUCCUUCUAGUGUGGCUAAUGAAGAUUGCUGCCAGCCCCCACUCCCUGAGGAUUGCUGCCAUUUUGGAUGACCCAAUGGAGUGCAGCAGAGGGGAGAGGCUGUCCAUUACUCUAGCGAAGAAUCGUAUUAACCGUGCACCAGAGCGAGCGGGGAAAGCCAAAGUGGAGGUGGACAUUUUUGAGCUGCUGAGAGACAGCGAAUAUGAGACAGCUGAAACCAUGUGCCAGAUUCUUCCGAAAGGGGUGGUAGCCGUCCUUGGACCUUCGUCGAGUCCGGCCUCAAGCUCUAUUAUCAGCAAUAUCUGUGGGGAGAAAGAGGUCCCUCAUUUCAAAGUUGCCCCAGAGGAAUUCCUCAAGUUCCAGUUCCAGCGAUUCACUACCUUGAACCUCCACCCCAGCAACACCGACAUCAGCGUGGCCGUAGCUGGGAUCCUGAACUUCUUUAAUUGCACCACUGCCUGCCUCAUCUGUGCCAAAGCUGAAUGCCUUUUAAACCUAGAGAAGUUGCUUCGUCAGUUCCUUAUCUCAAAGGACACCCUCUCGGUCCGGAUGCUGGAUGACAGCCGGGACCCUACCCCACUCCUAAAAGAAAUCAGAGACGACAAAACUGCCACCAUCAUUGUCCAUGCGAAUGCCUCCAUGUCCCACAUCAUCCUCCAGAAGGCAGCUGAACUGGGAAUGGCGUCAGCCUAUUACACAUAUAUCUUCACUAAUCUGGAGUUCUCGCUCCAGCAAUUGGACAGCUUUCUGAAUGACCGGGUUAACAUCCUGGGAUUUUCCACCUUCAACCAGUCUCAUGCUUUCUUCCAAGAGUUUGUCCAGAGCCUCAACCAGUCGUGGCAGGAGAACUGUGAUCACGCUCCCUUUACUGGGCCGGCACUCUCCUCUGCCUUAUUGUUUGAUGCCGUUUAUGCCGUGGUGACAGCAGUGCAGGAGCUAAAUCGGAGCCAGGAGAUUGGUGUGAAACCGCUGUCCUGUGGAUCCGCACAGAUCUGGCAACAUGGCACCAGCUUGAUGAACUACCUGAGAAUGGUAGAAUUGGAAGGUCUCACCGGCCAUAUCGAAUUCAACAGCAAAGGUCAACGGUCGAACUAUGCCCUGAAAAUCCUGCAGUACACACGACAUGGCUUCAGACAGAUUGGCCACUGGCACAUUUCUGAAGGACUUACCAUGGACAACAGAAUCUUCUCCUCCAACAUAUCGGAUAGUCUCUUCAAUACCACUCUCAUCGUCACCACCAUCCUGGAAAACCCUUAUUUAAUGCUGAAGGAGAACCACCAGGUGCUGGAGGGGAACGACCGCUAUGAAGGCUUCUGCGUGGACAUGUUGAAGGAGCUGGCGGAGAUCCUGCACUUCAACUACAAGAUCCGCCUGGUUGGUGAUGGGGUGUAUGGCGUGCCCGAGGCAAACGGCACCUGGACUGGCAUGGUCGGAGAGCUCAUUGCUCGGAAAGCCGAUUUGGCAGUGGCUGGCCUGACAAUCACGGCUGAACGGGAGAAGGUGAUUGAUUUCUCUAAACCUUUCAUGACUUUGGGAAUUAGCAUUCUCUACCGAGUUCAUAUGGGGCGCAAACCCGGCUACUUCUCUUUCCUGGACCCCUUUUCUCCUGGUGUCUGGCUCUUCAUGUUACUUGCCUACCUGGCUGUCAGCUGUGUCCUCUUCCUGGUUGCUCGACUGACGCCAUAUGAGUGGUACAGCCCCCACCCCUGCUCGCAAGGGAGGUGCAAUCUCCUAGUGAACCAGUACUCUCUCGGCAACAGCCUGUGGUUUCCAGUUGGGGGUUUCAUGCAGCAAGGAUCUACUAUUGCCCCUCGAGCUCUGUCCACACGGUGCGUCAGUGGAGUUUGGUGGGCAUUCACCCUAAUCAUCAUUUCCUCCUACACGGCCAACCUGGCAGCCUUUCUGACUGUGCAGCGGAUGGAUGUACCCAUAGAAUCGGUGGAUGACCUGGCUGACCAGACAGCUAUUGAGUAUGGCACCAUUCACGGAGGCUCCAGCAUGACCUUUUUCCAGAAUUCCCGUUACCAGACGUACCAGCGGAUGUGGAAUUACAUGUACUCCAAGCAGCCAAGUGUGUUCGUGAAGAGCACGGAGGAAGGGAUCGCGAGGGUGCUGAAUUCCAACUACGCUUUCCUGCUGGAGUCCACCAUGAACGAGUAUUACCGUCAGCGCAAUUGCAACCUCACGCAGGUCGGGGGCCUUCUGGACACCAAGGGCUACGGGAUUGGCAUGCCAGUCGGCUCCAUAUUCCGAGAUGAAUUCGACCUGGCCAUUCUCCAGCUGCAAGAGAACAACCGCCUGGAAAUCUUGAAGCGAAAGUGGUGGGAAGGAGGAAAGUGCCCCAAAGAGGAAGACCACAGAGCCAAAGGUCUGGGAAUGGAGAAUAUUGGUGGAAUCUUCGUGGUUCUCAUAUGUGGGUUAAUUGUAGCCAUUUUUAUGGCAAUGCUGGAAUUUUUGUGGAGCCUACGACACUCUGAACAGACAGAGAUGUCUAUCUGCCAGGAGAUGGUGACAGAGCUGCGCAGUAUCAUCCUCUGCAAAGACAGUUUCCACCCUCAGCGAAGGCGAGGGGGGAUGAUACGGACUCGGCCCAUUAUUGCCGAGGAACGUCGACCCCGCAGUACAACCACUCUCAGCAAUGGGAAACUAUGCGGCGGCGGUGAGCCAGACCCGCUGGCGCAAAGACUUGCACAAGAAGCUGCUCUGGUCGCCCGAGGCUGCACGCACAUUCGGGUGUGCCCAGAGUGUCGGAGGUUCCAGGGCCUCCGGGCGCGGCCAGCUCCGGGUUCACCUGCACAAAGCGACGAGAGCUUGGAAUGGGAGAAAGCCACCAACAGCAGCGAACCUGAGUAGAGUGGGGCAGGGGUGGGCAAAGAAACUCAUGUUCCAUUUUACAGAACAUGGACUUGUACGUCAGACUCAUUUUUAAAUGAAAAGCAGUUAUCCAGCUCCUCGAGAGCAAGACAAACCUUCAGGCUGAGAACCAGGCCCAGCCAGAGAUUUUUGGCACCUCUCCGACCUAAGAGGACAUUCAUCCCACUUGGAUUCUGAACCACUAGGUGGAAUAUUCUCUGGUUGGCCUGGCUCCAGCAGCUUUCCCUCACCUCAAAGAUCUGGUUUUGGGGUGGGAAUGAGACACACAGAGGGCAAUUCAUAUACCAGAACUGCCCCAACUAGGGGGAAGAGUCAUUGUCAGAACUACCCCAUCCUACGAUAGGAGAAAAGGACACUAGUGUCAUCUGUCUUGAUCUCACAGACUCAGUAGGGAUGUUCUCUGGGAGGUAUUUUUAUUUGAUGGGGUGGGGGGAGGGGAAGAGAAGAGUAAUCUAUUAUAUUUUAUUUUAUUUUUGGUACAUCAGGGCCUGGAGGCUUCAGCACACCAGAUUUCAGAUGCUGAACUCUCCUGCCUUUGCAGUGACGUGGCAUGCGGCGUGUGGAAGGGAGGGAUAGGAGAUGACUCCCAAACAGAAACAGCGGAUGAAAUGAAAGUCCGUUCAAGGAGUUCUUAAAAAAUAAAAAUGCCAAAAACCAAUCAACACACACAGUGAAUUCAAAGAGGCCUUGAAACACCUGAAAUUUCAGGGGUUUUGUGUCUUUUUUGUUUGUUUGUUUGUUUUUUCUGUCAGGGAAGGUGAGUGUGUAUGAUGAGUAUGAAGCAUCGAGGAAGGUAUCACUGGCAGGUGCUGUCGGAUUCCAUAUGCUCUCUUAGGAACGCUGCCUUUUCCCCCCAGCAGAGGGCAGUUGCACUUACUACCCAUUGUCACGGGCUUCUGAAAGAACAGUCAUAGGUAUCAUGAUAGAAACAGGUGCUCACAGGCACAGCACAUGCCCAUCCUCUGAACUCUUACCAUUGUCUCCAGACUCAACAGCUGGGCCUGUGUGUGACCCAUAUCUGGAUCUGAGGGUUUCCUUGCUACCAAAUGUCCUUGAAUGGACAUGGGGUAGGGAGGUCAGGUUCGACAGGAGGAUCACAAAAACCUUCCUUCCAUAGCAGCAGCUUGCCCUCUGCUUGAUACAAAUGUGGGGUUUACAUUGAAGAGUUACUUUUCUGAUUGAAAAACAACAUUCUAUGCAAUUUGAUUAUAAAAUAAAAUGGAGAGAAACUAUGGGGGGUGGCGAUAAACACAAAGCUUAAGCAAAGGUAUAUCCUGUUGUUGAAUUCUUUUCUUUCUUUCUUUCUUUUUAAAUGUACUGAAAUAAAAGAUAUUGUACAAUUGAUUCCCUCCCCCCCCUGCACACUCUCACUUUUAAGGCUUGGAGGCUGUGAGAGUCCCAUCACUCAUGGGUGCAGCUCGACGGUGCCCCCUGAGGAUCUGAGAGGUACUUCCAGCCUGCUUGGUCUUCACUGCAGCAGGUUGCUGCUUUGGCCUUUGCAAACUUCUAGCUACUUGCAAAAUACUGAAAACUUCUGUUGCCGUCGUUGUCUGUAAACAUUCCCAAAGGAAAAAAAGCUGGGCAAGACACAUUGUCACUUUAGGAAAAACAACACAAUCCUCUUGGCCCUAUGCUGCAGUGAGAUGAGAACAAUGCAAGCCACAGCUCUUUUAAACUUGAUUGCUGCAAACGGGGGUCUAGCAUGGUUUCCCUGCACACAGGAUUCCCUGUAGCAGAUCAGCUCAAUGGUCCACCUUGUUCAGUAACCUGUAGCCAGAUACUUUACAGGAGGGUAAUAAAGAACCCCAGAGAAUGCAGAUACCUGCAAUGGGCACUGGUGAUUAUUACAUAAUAGCUCUUUUUGGCAAUACCCUCCAAAAUAAUACAAAGUAGGGAACGGUCCCUGCUCUUAGCAAGGGUCUCUGGCUGGGGUGAUGCAGGGGGUCAGCCUAGACCUUAGAAUCUAUUAAUCUGUGCAGAUCUCACAUUCAAGAGCUGGGAGGGUAGAGAUAAGAUGAAACAUACACAUACCUAUCUCCUAGAGCUGGAAGGGGCUUUGAAAGGUCAUCAAGUCCAGCCCCCUG